GCCCGCCGCUCACCCCUCGGUGGUGCUGACGGCAGCCUCCUCUGGGCACCGUCCCUCUCCUGGUGCCGCCUCUGCCCUUCUUCCCUAAUCGGCGCUCCUAAUCCUCCCUCUUCCAUUUAAAUACUACUUGGGAAUUGAUUAAAUGUUUUUAAGGGAAUAGGGGAAAUCAGACAUCUGAGGAGCAGAAGGACUCAGUGCGGUGUAAAGGAAUUCAUUAGCCAUGGAUGUGUUCAUGAAAGGACUUUCAAAGGCCAAGGAGGGAGUUGUGGCUGCUGCUGAGAAAACCAAGCAGGGUGUGGCAGAAGCAGCAGGAAAGACAAAAGAAGGUGUUCUCUAUGUAGGCUCCAAAACCAAGGAAGGAGUGGUUCAUGGUGUGACAACAGUGGCUGAGAAGACCAAAGAGCAAGUGACAAAUGUUGGAGAGGCGGUGGUUACAGGGGUGACAGCAGUUGCACAGAAGACAGUGGAGGGAGCAGGGAACAUUGCAGCCGCUACUGGCUUUGGGAAAAAGGACCAGUUGGGCAAGGGUGAAGAAGGAGCUCCACAGGAAGGAAUUCUGGAAGAUAUGCCCGGGGAUCCUGACAAUGAGACUUAUGAAAUGCCUUCUGAGGAAGGGUAUCAAGACUAUGAACCUGAAGCCUAAGAAAGAUCUUCACUCCCAGUUUCUCGAGGUCUGCUGACAGAUGUUCCAUCCUGUACAAGUGCUCAGUUCCAACAUGCCCAGUCAUUUUCCCAAAGUUUUUACAGUGUAUUUUGAAGUCUUCCAUCAGCAGUGGUCGAAGUACCUGCACCUGACCCCACUGAGCAUUCCGGUGCUUCCCUCUCACUGAAGUGAAUAUGAGGUAGCAGGUCCUUGUGUGCUGUGUGAGUACUGUGGCUUCAAGUAUAAAACGUUAAAGCAAAUUAAAAACACCUAAGUGACUACCACUUAUUCCUAAAUCCUCACUAUUUUUUUGUUGCUUUUGUUGAGAAGUUGUGACUUACUAUCAUAUAUUAAAAGAUUGUAAGAUUUUUAGGUGUCUUUCAAUGAUUCUGUCUAAUAACAAUGAUGUAUUGUGAAAUCUGUCCAUAUAUACAAUACUUAAAAACAUGUGAGCAUGAAACUAUGCACCUAUACAUAUUGACUAUGAAAUUUUACUUUUUUGUGAUGUGUUUUAUUAAUUUGUGUUUGUAUAUAAAUGGUGAAAAUUAAAAUAAAAUGUU